UGUUGUGAAUCACAUCCAGGUUCAUAACAAAUGGUAUCCUCCAGUCUUUCCUGUCCGUGCUCUGCACUUGAAGAGUUCUCAACUCCAUUGGCUCAAUUGGCGGCUUCUACCAAGAUCAGUGAGGUAAGGAAGAGUUGGAAAAUCUCAAAACGGAAAGUUCACCAGAGCGAGAGCUUAAUCUUUUCAAAACGGAAAAUCUCAUUUCAAUCACAAAGACCGAGUUGGAAAAUCUCAUUUCAGUCUCAGAGAAAGAGUUGGGACCAUUCAUCACCGACGUUGAAUCAACUCAGCCGCAACCAUCAGAAGAACAAUUAGUUGAUGAAGCUAAAGGCGUUGCUGAAAAGGGAGAAGCUAAAGGUGUUGCUGAAAAAGGAGAAGAAAGGGAGUUCGAGUUGAUUAUUCCUUCUUAUUUAUUUGAAGAACAAGAUGAUUCUCUAGAUCUAGAGUCGAUUCCUUCUUACUUCUUUGAUGAAGACGACGAUGAAGAUACUGUCGAUUCUGAAAUGCUCAUUCCCUUGUUUUUCUUCCACGUGAAGGAUUGUUCUGAUAGGGUGGAUGUUCAACCUAAAGAGGUUUUGAGUGCUGAGGUUACUAAGGAGAAACUCGUGAGCUUACAGGUACUAGUACCAACUACCCACACCCUGUUGUUUUCUGAUGGUUUUAUCAUUCCUAUCUAUUCUUCGCGUAUUCUAUUUGAUCGUGGCAGAGAAACUGAAAUUAUAAAGGGUUUUUCUGAUCUCCCUGGGAAUUAUAAAUCAUGUUCUAUUCCGAAUAGUCCUGGUUUUUUGGUACCCAAUGUGUGUUCGGUUCUUGUGGAUAAAUUUGAUCAGAAAUCUAUUUAUGCGAAUGUUUUCAAACAUGGGUAUCAAUUGGGAUGGUUUGUUGAGGAUUCAAUGGUGAUUUUGUGGGUUAAAAAUGAAAAUAGAUAUGUUGCUGGCAAUAUGUUUGAUAAAACGCCUGAGAGCGUAGUUUGGUGGUUGAACAGUGGCGGAGAUGAUUUUCUCUUGCAAUAUAAAAUGGGUAAGUUAAGCUACAACUUAAUAGUUGAUGAAUGUCUCUACCUCAUCUUUGGUUCUGCUCGUGGUGUAUUUGAUCGUGGGAAAAAAUUUAAACUUCUGGUAGAGUCUUUGAUCCAGGAAGAGAAUUUGAAUCCAUUGAUGGGUACUCUUACUCUGCUGGUGAAGACAGAAAGUUGUUGGUGAAAAUGUCAUGUAGAGAUUGCAAAAUGAGCGAAUUUUGACACCUCUGUUGA